GUGCGCAUGCUUAGUAAUUGAAAAUUCUUAUUUUAACAAGUAGAUGAAAAAUGGAUGCUGAGCUAGACAAACUGAUUGCAGCACAGUGGGGUUUCUUGCACCAAGACUGGCCCGUGGUAAAGCGUACCAAAUUUCACCGCACCGACAUCAAGCUCAUUCAGGACAUGAGAAAGGCCAAGGACUUUGUGCAGCAUCGUCUCGGGAUCAUUCCAGUGUUCUUCUUCUUGACAGUACUAUUUGGAACAAAGUGUUGCACAGGUCCUUAUAGGAACGUCGAGAAAGACGAAGAGUGGAAACAAGAACUGCUUUUAAUAAUAUUGCUGUGCACGGAAUAUAUACUACGUAUAUGACUACUAUUGCAGAUAUGCAGACCACAUUCACAAAAUUCAGUCAUACUGUAGUGAAUAGAGUGUCUGACAAGAGUAUCUUCUCGCUACAGUACAAGCUAUGCUGCCUGCUCCUCAAUAUCAAGCGUAUGGUCGCGUUGCGCAACAUCACAACGGAGCUACAUCACAGCUUCUGGAUCCAGGAUGACUUCGAUUUCCCUGAUGGAGAAGAUAGCGCAAAAGGCAUACAGGUGACUGCACCCUCCUUCAAAGUCAAGGUCAAUGAUGCAAAAAGCAUCUACCGUCUGCAGGAGAAAUUUCUGCAUCUUGCAAUCAGUGGCCACGACACUGAUCAAGAGAUGGACAAUGAUGACGGCCAGGACUAUGGGUUUGAUGCCAGCCAGUCGACAUGGGAGGCAACAUCCCAGUUCAAUGACCAGCGCAUAUUAGAGUACUGGAACUCGCUGAGGGUUUUCUGAAAGCGGGUGGUCCGGAUCCUGACUGGGUGUGGCGUGCCAUAUAUCUUCUUAGAUCUCUGGUGUUUUUAAAAGCUGCUGCUGCGUGAGACGACCUCAGAGCAGGCUGUAACAUUUCGCAGCUGGCUGUCAUGUCAAUGGACCCCAUUCACAGUGGCAGCGAUGCCAUAUCUGGAAGCAACACAAUAGUCAAUCGUGCA